GGUGGAGCCGCUUCACUUUGGUCUCUCCCUACGAUUUCAAGCGCCAGCCUCGCUUGCCCGCCUCAGUCCUGCUGUUUGCAGAGGGAUCAAGGAGAGGCUGGCCUUGAACAAACACUGAGAUCGAGGAAAGGUUGGCCCUGAACACACACACACACACUUGAGUGUCCAGCAGGUGUCCUGUUUUGCCGGUGUCAUUCGAAAGAGUGCAAGGUGAUUUGAGGCUUCUUUUUUUCACUUAGACUGAGAUUUAUGGACUUGUACAUGAUGAAUUGCGAACUAUUGGCAACGUGCAGUGCCCUCGGCUUCUUGGAGGGAGACAUUUACCAUAAAGAACCUGAUUGCUUAGAGAGUGUGAAGGACCUGAUCCGCUACUUGCGUCAUGAAGAUGAGACUCGAGAUAUCCGACAACAGCUGGGGGCAGCUCAAAUCCUACAGAAUGACCUGAUCCCCAUCAUAAUCCAGUACCCUCAAGAUAAACAGCUCUUUGAUGCUGUUAUCAGGUUAAUGGUCAAUCUUACUCAACCAGCUGUCCUCUGCUUUGGUAAACUUCCCCAGGAUGCCAGCUUCCGACAUCACUUUCUCCAGAUUGUCUCUUACCUUCAGGCUUACAAAGAAGCAUUUGCCAAUGAGAAGAUAUUUGGGGUGUUGAGUGAAAAACUGUACAACCUGCUUCAGCUGGACUGGGAACAGCGCCAGGAGGAGGAUAACCUGCUCAUUGAGCGCAUCCUGCUUUUGGUGCGCAAUGUGCUCCAUGUUCCAGCUGAUCCUGAUGAGGAGAAGAACAUUGAUGAUGAUGCCAACACUCAUGACCGCGUGCUGUGGGCCAUACAUAUCAGUGGCAUGGAUGACUUGCUCAAAUUCUUGGCCAGCUCCCAGAGUGAGCAGCAGUGGAGCCUACACGUCUUGGAGAUCAUCUCCCUUAUGUUCCGAGACCAGAAACCAGAGCAGCUGGCAGCCACUGGGCAAGGUCGUUCGGCCAAGGAGAAGGUCACAGAUAUAGCUGAGUUGGAGAUCCUGAGGCAGAAGGAAUUGACAGAGAAGAAGAACCGCGUUCUCCAGCGGAGCAGUAGACACUCUCGUUUUGGUGGGUGCUAUGUCAUCCAGGGAUUGAAAUCUAUUGGAGAAAGAGAUGUAGUGAUGCAUAAAAGUCUACACAAUGUGAAGAACUAUAGCCACGAUUUGGGCAAGGAAGUCCGGAGGGUGCCAAAGAGGCGACAGCUCGCCCAUGAUAGUGAGUCUACCAGUCGCCGCUCAGCCCUCAAUGUGCGGCUCUUCCUGAAAGAGUUCUGUGUGGAGUUUCUGGAGAAUUGCUAUAAUCGCCUCAUGUAUCUAGUCAAGGAUCACCUGAUGAGAGAGAAAGCCCAGCAGCAUGAUGAGACGUACUACUUGUGGGCAGUAGCUUUUUUCAUGGCCUUCAACCGGGCGUACUCUUUCCAGCCUCAGCUGGUUUCUGAGACUGUUGGGGUCCGGACCUUUCACUUCAUUGAACAGAGUCUGACCAACUACUAUGAAAUGCUGCUUAUGGAUAAGAAAGAGGCAACAUCUUGGUCUAGAAGGAUGCACCUGGCUCUCAAAGCCUACCAGGAGUUGCUGAUGACUAUGCAUGAAAUGGACCAUUCGCAAGAUGAAACUAUCCGUCACAGCAGCCAUAUUUUAAAAAAUAACAUUUUCUACAUGAUGGAAUAUCGUGAGCUGUUCCUCACCCUCUUCCGUAAGUUUGAUGAGACAAAGCAGCCUCGGUCAUUUCUCAAAGAUCUGGUGGAGACCACUCACCUUUUCUUGAAGAUGCUCGAAAGAUUUUGCAAAGGGAGGAACAACUUAGUAGUCCAGAGCAAAAAGGUCAAGAGGAAGAAGAAGCGCCAGGCUCGGCCUGCUGGUUCAGAUGUUCAGAUCCGUACUUCCGAAGAACUGGAGGAGAUGUGGCCACAGCUGGUUGAUCAAAUCAGUAAAUGUAUAAAGAGUUCUGAGCCUCUUCCAGAAGACGUCGUCCCUUUUGAUGCUGCAUCAGAAGUUCCACUGGAGGAGCAGCGAGCUGAGGCCAUGGUGCGGAUCCAAGACAGCCUCCGGGCUGGCCAGGGUCCCGAGGCGCUCUCCCUCUUACGCUCAGCACGGGAGGUAUGGCCAGAAGGGGACAUUUUUGGAUCACCCUCACUUGAUCCAGAUGAAGAGGCUGAGCUGCUAAAACAACUUUUCUUUGCCAAUCUACCCCGGCAAAUAACACCAGAAGUAGAGGAAUCAGAGGAGGCAGCUGAGGAAGAGGAGGUAGCAGAGGAGGAAUUGGCAUCUGUACAUGUUUCUGAAAAGGAAUUCAGCUUCCUGGACUACAUGAAGCGAUUUGCUAGCGCCCAUGUGGUGAAGGCCUACAUCCUGCUCUUGAAGAACUACCAGCAGAAUAGCUCUCACACCAACCACUGUAUUGUAAAGAUGUUGCACCGCAUUGCUUGUGACCUCAAGAUGGAGGCCUUGCUCUUCCAGCUCUCCAUCUUCUGCCUCUUCAAUCACCUCCUCAAUGACCCAGCUGCUGGAGCUUACAAGGAGUUGGUGACUUUUGCUAAAUACAUUGUGGGAAAGUUUUUUGUACUGGCAUCUACCAAUAAGAAGGCCUACAUGGAGCUGCUAUUCUGGAAAAACACGGCUGUGGUACGUGAGAUGACAGAAGGCUACUCCACACUGCAAGAAGGAAGCUCCGACUCUUGCAAGGCUUCAAGGUGGACUGAGGAGGAAGACGAGGAGUUGCGGGAACUCUACUACAAGUACAAGGAAGUGGAAGGUGAAGACAUCCUUAACAACAUUUUGGCUCACCUAAGCAAUCGCAGUCGGACCCGUAAGCAGGUGGCUAAGCAGUUGGUGCGCUUGGGCCUAGCCAACAGUAUGCGAGACUUCCCUCAGGAGAGGAAGGGGACACGCAUUGUGCUCUGGACAGAGGAUCAGGAGCUGGAGCUUCGGCGACUUUUUGAGGAGUACCAGAACACAGAUGAUAUCCUGGGCAAUGUAAUGAGGCACAUCACUGCAAAGCGUUCCAAGGCCCGCAUUAUUGAGAAACUGCUCAGCAUGGGGCUGGUGUCUGAUCGUAAGGAACUGUACAAGAAGCGCCAGCAGAAGUCUGGAUCUUGUAGCACGAAGAAAGAUACAUUUUCCAAGGACUUGGAUGAGGUUGAUGAAGAGGAAGAGGAAGAAGACGAAGAUGAUAAUUUGGAUAGUGAGGAUGAGGAAGAACCAGCCCAGGACGAUGGCAACAAUGGCUUUGGCAACAGGUCCCAGGAUAGACAGACUAACAAGAAAUGGGGAUCUGCAUCAGACAGAGGCAUCAAUACGCUUGUACGGAGCCUGAGGCAGGAAGGUUUGUCUGGUCCCCUCUUAUGGAUCCAGACUUGCCUGAACCGAACAGCUGCUGAUCGAGAAGAAGAUGGUUGCGCCCAGCCUGUGCCUUUGGUGCCACUAUCUGAAGAGAAUGAGGAUGCCAUGGAACACAAAAACUUCCAGAAGCUUCUACGGAAAAUGGGGUUGCGAGCACCGGCCAAUGAGCAGGAGUCUUUCUGGCGCAUUCCCUCCAAACUCAGCCCAGAGCAAUUGCAGCGAAUAGCUGCUUCCAUUUCCCUGCAAGAGGUGGAAGGAGAGACCCAAGAACAGCCGGCAGUUUCAGAGGAAGAUCAUCUCGAUACAGAGGAGCCAAGGGAGGAACCCAUCCAGUGCCCUCAGGGACCCAAGCGGAGCCGUUUGUUGAGUGACAGUGAGGAAGAGGAGGGAGAAGAAUCGCACCACCCAGGUUCCCAUGAUGAAGGUGAACUCUACCAAACAGGCAAGCGGAAGCGCCUGCGAAUUGAGGAUGAGGAAGACUGAAAAACUGGAGCUUCCGUCUCUUUCUGGAGCAGGAAGGCCAAUUGCCCCUUUGUCCAGCACCAGGGAUGCAACUAUUAUUCAGCUUCAGCAGUGAAAACAAUCACAAUCAUCAUAUUUCCUGUGCACAGUACUUUCCUUUGGGGAAAGGGAUUACAGAGAAUGACUGCCUAAAUGUGAAAAAAGAGAAGAAGCAUGUGAUCCGCUGAAACGAAGAACAGGACGCAGAGGGCUUACUCUCCUGUUGCUAUCCUUUGUUACAAUACAUUUAGCAUGAGGGAAGACAUCUCUUUUGAAACUGUUCCUGCUUUUGUAGAUAACCACUUGCAUCCUGUGAUGUUUGCUCCCCAAAAUGACAUUGCUAAAUUUGUCCCUCCUGAGUGGUUGAAAGCCACACUCAUAGACAGGAGAGCCAGGCAUCCUAGCUGUUCAUUGUUAGUUUGGGUCCACCUCACCUUUUCCCCUGGAAUCUGGUUGGGACUUUAUGGCCCUGUUCUCUUUGCUUAGUCACAGAUUGCCUUAAAAUACUGGCAAACAUGGUCUCUGCUGUUCCCAUUGUAUCUUGGAGUUGCAGCUGCACUUGGAAGUUCCCCUUUUCAUUUCAUGUCAGUCAUUAAGAACAAAGUGGCAACUGGGAGGCGAGCUAGGAGGGUACGGAUUUAAAAACAACCGCUACAUUAAGAAGCAGCCACCCUUUUCGCCCAGGUGAUUUCUCCUCAAGUGGAUUCCAGUUACUUCCGCAGUUUCUUCUUGUGUUAUUGGCCUUGCUCCAGCUGUUCCAGAUAGAGGCAACACCUGAGACCUUUACAUGGAUUGUCCCCACUUGACUGUGCAGAUCUCUACCCCAUGUUGGCAAGGGUCCCAUGUAACAUUUCCGUGUCUUUGUGUGUAUGGUCUACUUUUGAUAAUAAAACAAAAACAGGUU